CUGUUUCGUUGCAGUUGAACUAUUUGUUACGGACAGAUAUAUUUUAAAAAUUAACAUUGUGAAAUAUUUUUUUACAAAAGAAAAAGUUAUUAAUUGUAUUGCACUAUGUUGCAAAACGAUCCUGUGAGAAAAUUACAUUUUGACAGUGAAAUACGAGCAGCUCAACAAUCUCCAACAGAACCGAGAGUUUUCAAUGGCCCAACAAAUAUUACUUCACAGCCUAGGCCAACGCAAGGAGUUCCACGUAUUCCACUACCGAUAUCUACAGUGGAGCAAAAUGCAAACCGUAUUUUUACACCGAUGACAGGCUACGAUUUUCUGACAGAUAUGCCAUCAGUUCAUAUAGAACAAACAUUUGAGUUGAAUGAAACUCUUACAUCGGUAUCAUCUGAAAAUCGCUAUGUUAUACGAACGCCUCUUGGUGAAGCUAUAUAUGCUGCUUCAGAAAGUUCUACAGAAAAUCAACGUCUCUUUUGGGGUUCCGCAAGAGCAUUUCAAAUGCAUUUACUAGAUAGAACACAUCAAGAAGCAAUGGUUUUACGUAAAAAAUUUGCUUUGGGCUCUAUGUGCUGUCGUCCUAAAAAUCUAGAAGUUUGGAUACCACCUGGAAAUUUACUUGGAAAAAUUGUACAAUCACCAACAAUUUUAGCUCCAACGUUCUUUAUUGAGGAUGGCGAAACUGGUAAUCCAAUAUUUUGCCUUGAAGGUCCAGAUAAUAGUGGAUUUUGCUGUUUUUGUUUACCUAAGGAAACAUUUUUUAAAGUUCAUUCUGGUGGCGAUUUACGUGCUUCGAUUGAUCAUAAAUGGCUAGCACAUAAAUCACAAUUUACUACAAACAUUUAUUUUUCCGAUCCCAAAUUAACUGCUAAGGAAAGAGCUUUGAUCAUUGGUGCAGCGUUUUUAUUGGAAUAUAUGUACUUCCAAAGGAACUAAUAAGGACAAUAUUUUUGCGCCAUAAUGUUCGCUCAGCAGUUUAUAUAAAAUAUAAAACAAUAUGUAUAUUAAUAUAUUUG